UGCGCAGCCUGUGUGCGCAGCCCCGGAAGCCUUGCUGUUAGCUUCAGUUAGCUUCAGUUAGCUUCAGUUAGCCUGGUUGUUAGCUUCCUGCAUCAUGUCCAGCUGGAUCAGAGUCUCUGCUGUCCUCAGGACGGCUCUGAGGAGCAGGGCGGUGGGGCCGGGUGUUCUGGGCUCCGUCAUCGGAACCGGACUGCUCUGUUAUUACCAUGCUAAUGCUAAUGCUAAUGCUAAUGCUAGUGCUAAUGCUAAUGCUAGUGCUAAUGCUAAUGCUAAUGCUAGUGCUAGCAGGACUCUGCUCUGUGUUCUUCAUGCUGCUGAGACUCCAACAGAAGCUGCAGCUCCCCAUCUCUCUGCCAGAAAGAUCCGUUUCAACCAGUUUGCCUCGGUGGUUUACGACCAGGAGCCCUACAUGACCCCCAGAGACUUCCUGUUCUCUGUGAUGCUGGAGAAUGUUGACCGGAAGCUGCAGAAGAGGAUUCUAACAACACAAGAAGUGAACAAGAUGUUGGACGCUGCCGCUAAAGCUGCAGCCGGUGAUGAGCUGUUCAGAACCAUCGGAGACAACGGUCUGAUCUCCUACACAGAGUAUCUGUUCCUGCUGACCAUCCUGACCAAGCCGCGGACAGGAUUUCAUAUCGCUUUCAGAAUGCUUGAUGUGGACGGCAAUGAGCAGGUGGACCAGAAGGAGUUCCUCAAGCUGAAGAAAAUCAUCGGAAAGAGUAAAGCCAGAGUUCCCAAAGACGGCACCGAGAAAGCAGUGGAAGACGGAGAAGGAGUGAACACAACUCUGCAGGCCUACUUCUUCGGGAAGACAGGAGGGAACAAGUUACAGUAUCAGGAGUUCAGGAGGUUCAUGGAGGACCUGCAGGCUGAGGUCCAGGUGAUGGAGUUCCUGCAGUUCUCCAAAGGGAUGGACACCAUGCGGAGAGAAGACUUUGCAGAGUGGCUGCUCCACUACACCAACGAAGAAGACAACGAGGUCUACUGGGAGAACAUGAGGAAGAGGAUCCCUGCAGGCCAGAGCAUCACGUUCGAUGAGUUCAAGGCCUUCUGUCUCUUCUCCAACAACCUGGAGGACUUCGCCUUCUCAAUGAAGCUGGUGACCGGAGCCAGCCGUCCCGUUGGAAUGGCCCAGUUCAAGCGAGCCGUGAGGAUCGCCACGGGCCACGACCUGUCAGAGAACGUCCUGGACACGGUGUUCAAGCUGUUCGACAUGGACGGAGACAACUGCCUGAGCCACAAGGAGUUCAUGGGGGUGAUGAAGGACCGGGUACUGAGAGGGCUGAAGGUGCAGCAUCAGAACGGCCUCUCUGGCUACUGGAGGUGUGUGAAGAGAGAGACCGUGAAGGCAGCUCAGGAGGCCCUGGGGGACACCGGGUGCCCCUUCUGAACCACCUCCUGAACCACCGUCCCUCCGACAGUACACCACUGCUCCCCUCGUCCUCGCUGUGCUAUAAUGGUGUAUAGUGGUGUGAACCAGAUUAUAAAUGUAACCACAAAGGAUCCCCACCACUGUGAUGACGUGUUUACAGAUGAAUAAUCUAUAGUGUGAUGUUAUGAUGAUGUGAUAUAUGAAACUGGUGUUGGUGUUUACAGAUGAAUAAUCUAUAGUGUGAUGUUAUGAUGAUGUGAUAUAUGAAACUGGUGUUGGUGUUUACAGUAUGUGUUGUGUUUGCUGCAGAGUUCUGGUCUUUGUGCUUCAUCAGAUCAGUUUAUAUUCAGAAUGAAUCACUUUUUAAUUACUUUGCACUCCACAUGAACUCAGCAGCAGCAGCGUGUUUAGAAAGCAGGUUGACUGGGUUCAGUUCAGUGGCUGUUGAUGCAUUUAAAGGGUUAAUACAACAUCAGAGGUCUGUACUAUGAAGCCAGUUCAACAUAUCCGGGAUAUCUUCUCCUGAUCGGGAUUAACUAACCCAACUAACCAGAUCCCACUGAGCCGUCCUACCGUGCUGCUCAUCAACUCAUUAAGUCAACUCGUUAAGUCAACUCGUUAAGGUAACUCGUUAAGUCAUCCCAGAGUUCCUCCGUCUCCGUCUGCUGGCAUCAGAGCGGCAGAUUUUAUAAACUGUAUUAGACAAAUAUGAAGAAGUUAAACACUUAAUCAGACUAACAGAAACAGUUGAAGCUGCUGAAUGCAGGAAGGAAACACUCCCCAUGUGUGAAUGAUUAAAUGAACAGAACACUCUAAAGUCAGAUAUAGUCGUCUAGAUGAGGCAGUGAUUUAGGUUAACUGGGUUUAAGGUUAGCUGGGUUCAAGGUUAACUGGGUUUAAGGUUAGCUGGGUUCGGGUUAACUGGGUUCAGGUUAACUGGGUUCAAGGUGCUACUUCAGAGGAUGUUGAUGCAUUUAAAGGGCUUCUAUAAUAUGUGGUGUUGGUUUUCCAUGUACAUAUGUAUGUAAUAAAGUUGUAUAAAACAGUGUCUCUUAGGGUGAAAGAAUAAAGCCGCUGUGAUUAAUAA